AUGCAUGAAAGCGACUCCAGAGUCACAGAGAUCCACUGGUUGUACAGUGUACCCAUCGCUGCAGGAACCAUCACCACAGCGUUGCGAUUCUGGGCAAAACAGGUUGGCAGGAAUGGUAUCACUCUGGACGAUUACCUGAUUCUGCUCGCUACUAUCUGUGUCGUUGGACAAUGUGCGACUGGUUUGAUUCUUGGUCCUCCCCAUGGAAUGGGACGACAUGUUGUGUUUGUUUCCGCAUAUGAUCAGAUGAUGGUUCGCAAGGGCGACUACAUCUUCUCUCAUUUCUACGACAUUGCACUCGUCACAGUUAAACUCGGAAUCCUCGCUUUCUACUACCGCGUCUUCGUUGUCCCUCUUUUUCGCAAAUUUGUUCUUGCAACCGCAGCCUUCAUCGUCGCCUGGGGCGUUGGUAUUACAGUCGCGCUCCUUUUCGCCUGCCGUCCACUUGAGACAUAUUGGGACGUCAAUGUGAAGGGUUCAUGUUUGCGAUUGGUUACUUUCACGUACUUCACCAACAUCUCGAACCUUAUAACAGACAUCUGGAUAUUCUUAAUGCCAGUGCCUAUGAUAUGGCACCUACAGUUGCAGAUGAAGAAGAAGCUACUUCUGAGCCUCAUCUUCUGUGUUGGUCUUGCAACCUGCAUCACAUCCUCAAUCCGCCUUACGGUGGUCCUUGGUCACGGUUACCCCGACUUUACAUGGUCAUACGUUCCACUUGGCGCGUACUCCGUCUUCGAGCCCCUCGGCGGCAUCCUCUGCACCAACAUACCUAUCAUCUGGCACAUGCUACGCAAACGCAAGGCCAUUCUCCCUGACCAUGUAACGAAAACACACUUGAGUAACUCCACGCCUCCGGCUGGUUCACGGCCAAGUCAAGGUGUGCAACCAUCGAGCCUUGCUAGCGUCGACUACACGCAGAAUGACAGGAUGCUGCCAUAUGUGGAUGAAAGUAGACAGGUGGGAAUAUAUUGCCCUAGAGUGAAGACUCCGGAUGUUCAAGAAAUGAAGCCAAACCCAGAUAUUUGGACAACAGUUGAGCGAGUGCACACGAGCCGGACAGACGAGCCGGACAUAACAGAAGCGCCACUGCAACCAGGGAUGAAGAAGACAGUAUGGAAUGUAAGGAGAUGA